UUUUUAUACAGUCCCGGGGUUUUAAAACUUUGAAAUCAAGGACACGACGUCUGCAGUCCACCUCUGAAAGAUUAGCAGAAACACAGAAUAUAGCGCCAUCAUUUGUGAAGGGGUUUCUUUUGCGGGACAGAGGAUCAGAUGUUGAGAGUUUGGACAAACUCAUGAAAACUAAAAACAUACCGGAAGCUCAUCAAGAUGCAUUUAAAACUGGUUUUGCAGAGGGUUUUCUGAAAGCUCAAGCAUUAACACAAAAAACCAAUGAUUCCUUAAGGCGAACUCGUCUAAUUCUCUUCGUUCUGCUGCUAUUUGGCAUUUAUGGCGUCUUAAAAAAUCCAUUUUUAUCUGUCCGCUUCCGGACAACUACAGGGCUUGAUUCUGCAGUAGACCCUGUUCAGAUGAAGAAUGUCACUUUUGAGCAUGUUAAAGGAGUGGAGGAAGCUAAACAAGAAUUACAAGAAGUUGUUGAAUUCUUGAAAAAUCCACAGAAAUUUACUGUGCUUGGAGGAAAACUUCCAAAAGGAAUUCUUUUAGUUGGACCACCAGGAACAGGAAAGACCCUUCUUGCCCGAGCUGUGGCAGGAGAAGCUGAUGUUCCUUUUUAUUAUGCUUCCGGAUCAGAAUUUGAUGAAAUGUUUGUGGGUGUGGGAGCCAGCCGAAUCAGAAAUCUUUUUAGGGAAGCAAAAGCAAAUGCUCCUUGUGUUAUAUUUAUUGAUGAAUUAGAUUCUGUUGGUGGGAAGAGAAUUGAGUCUCCAAUGCAUCCAUAUUCAAGGCAGACUAUAAAUCAACUUCUUGCUGAAAUGGAUGGUUUUAAGCCCAAUGAGGGAGUAAUCAUUAUAGGAGCCACAAACUUUCCAGAAGCAUUAGAUAAUGCUUUAAUACGUCCUGGCCGCUUUGACAUGCAAGUUACAGUUCCAAGACCAGAUGUAAAAGGUCGAACAGAAAUUUUGAAAUGGUAUCUGAAUAAAAUAAAGUUUGAUAAGUCUGUUGAUGCAGAAAUCAUAGCUCGAGGAACUGUUGGGUUUUCUGGAGCAGAGUUGGAGAAUCUUGUGAACCAAGCUGCAUUAAAGGCAGCUGUUGAUGGAAAAGAAAUGGUUACCAUGAAGGAACUAGAGUUUUCCAAAGAUAAAAUUCUAAUGGGCCCUGAACGAAGAAGUGUGGAAAUUGAUAACAAAAACAAAACCAUUACAGCCUACCAUGAAUCUGGUCAUGCGAUUAUUGCAUAUUACACGAAAGAUGCAAUGCCUAUCAACAAAGCUACCAUCAUGCCACGAGGGCCAACUCUUGGACAUGUGUCACUGUUGCCUGAGAAUGACAGAUGGAAUGAAACUAGAGCCCAGCUGCUUGCACAAAUGGAUGUUAGUAUGGGAGGAAGAGUGGCAGAGGAGCUUAUAUUCGGGACUGACCAUAUCACAACAGGUGCUUCCAGUGAUUUUGAUAAUGCAACAAGAAUAGCUAAGCGGAUGGUUACCAAAUUUGGAAUGAGUGAGAAGCUUGGAGUUAUGACUUACAGUGACACAGGGAAACUGAGUCCUGAAACUCAAUCUGCCAUUGAACAAGAGAUACGAAUCCUUCUAAGGGAGUCAUAUGAAAGAGCAAAACAUAUCUUGAAAACUCAUGCAAAAGAGCAUAAGAAUCUAGCAGAAGCUUUAUUGACCUAUGAGACUUUGGAUGCCAAAGAAAUUCAAAUUGUUCUUGAGGGGAAAAAGUUGGAAGUGAGAUGAUAACUCUCGGUACGGAUGUGUUGCUGGUAUUAUUGCAAGAACAUACACAUCAUGGCAGUAGUCUUUUGCAGUGCUUUCUUGCUCAUUCUUGACUUGGUAUAAUUCAAGUGUGUGAAUACUUCAUCAACCUUUUGUCACAUUUACGUAAUUUUGCUUAUUCUCAUGAUGACAUCUAUUGGAAAUUAGAAACCUACUCUAAAUAUAUUUUAAGAAAAUAAAGAACUAUCAGGAUUGGAAACAGUU